UUCACUCCACAAACUCUUAAUUACUAAAUGGUUACCCUCUUCCAUAAGUGUUUGUGUCUUUGUGCACUAUGCACAAUUCCAACAAUAAAUAGUGCUAACUUCCAAAUAUUCCACAACAAACUAAGCACCUAUCACAAAAUAUUAUUAUUCAAAAUUCUUGGCUACUUGUUCCUUUACCAUGGAAGAAGAAGAAAUCGGAAGCAUCAAUCAUGGUGUGUUUGGCACGGUGGAUGAUGAUUCUACUAGAAGAUAUUUUGGUUAUGCUUAUGCUGAAGAAUCAUGUGUCAAUGAGGGAGAGUUUAAGGUUUCAGGGCCUACUUGGUCUACAACUCCACCUUCUUUGUUGGCUGAGCCACCACCACCACCACCCUCAUCAACCACCAUUGAAGAGUGUUGUUGGCUAGGGUUUCUAGAAGGGUUAGAAGAUAAUGGCAAAAUGGUCAUUAGUGAUGGUAAUUUGGACUUGGACCACCAUUUAGGACUUGAACAUGAUGAAGCAGAUUAUUCCCAUGUACUUAUGGAAGGGCCAUAG